CGGGGCCCCCGCGCGGAACCCGGGCGGGAGUGGCCCCGCGCAGGCAGGGGGCGGCGCCGCGUACUCCAGCCCGGCGGGCACCUCGGGGGCGGGCGCGGGGCGCAGCCUUCUCGUCCCGGCCGCUCUGACAAGCGCCCCGAGGCCGGGAGCUGGGCUGCCCGGUGCAGGGUGGGCGCGGACGCGGGCGCUGCGCUCGCGCGGGACCCCGGGAGUCGCGAUGAACAUCGUGGUAGAGUUUUUCGUGGUCACUUUCAAAGUGCUCUGGGCGUUCGUGCUGGCCGCGGCGCGCUGGCUGGUGCGGCCCAAGGAGAAGAGCGUGGCGGGCCAGGUGUGCCUCAUCACGGGCGCCGGCAGCGGCCUGGGCCGCCUCUUCGCGCUGGAGUUCGCCCGGCGCCGGGCGCUGCUGGUGCUCUGGGACAUCAACACGCAGAGGAACGAGGAGACGGCGGGCAUGGUGCGCCACAUCUACCGCGAUCUGGAGGCGGCCGACGCCGCCGCGUUGCAAGCUGGGAAUGGUGAAGAAGAAAUCCUGCCCCACUGUAACUUGCAGGUUUUUACCUACACCUGUGAUGUGGGGAAGAGGGAGAAUGUCUACCUGACAGCUGAAAGGGUCCGCAAGGAGGUUGGCGAGGUCUCAGUCCUGGUCAAUAAUGCUGGUGUGGUCUCUGGGCAUCACCUUCUGGAAUGUCCUGAUGAGCUCAUUGAGAGAACCAUGAUGGUCAAUUGCCACGCACACUUCUGGACCACUAAGGCUUUUCUUCCUACGAUGCUGGAGAUUAAUCAUGGUCAUAUUGUGACAGUUGCAAGUUCCUUGGGAUUGUUCAGUACUGCUGGAGUUGAGGAUUACUGUGCCAGUAAAUUUGGAGUUGUGGGUUUUCAUGAAUCCCUGAGCCAUGAGCUAAAGGCUGCUGAAAAGGAUGGAAUUAAAACAACCCUGGUUUGCCCUUACCUUGUAGACACUGGCAUGUUCAGAGGCUGCCGAAUCAGGAAAGAAAUUGAACCUUUUCUGCCACCUCUGAAGCCUGAUUACUGUGUGAAGCAGGCCAUGAAGGCCAUCCUCACCGACCAGCCCAUGAUCUGCACGCCCCGCCUCAUGUACAUCGUGACCUUCAUGAAGAGCAUCCUUCCUUUUGAAGCAGUUGUGUGCAUGUAUCGGUUCCUAGGAGCGGACAAGUGUAUGUACCCGUUUAUUGCUCAAAGAAAACAAGCCACAAACAAUAAUGAAGCAAAAAAUGGAAUCUAAUAGCCCUUUUGUAUGGAAUAUCAUUUCUAUUAGAAGACGAUCAAGAUGUUUCAGUCCAAUGCACAUCAGCAUUACUGACAUUCUCUGGAUUCUAAACUCAUGUUGACUUUUUUUAAUCAACUUUUUAAAAAAAUAAAGUGUAAAUUAACUGACUAGUGUACUUGGAAAAUGUGAUCGGUAAAAGUGAGCUUAGGUUGUUGCCAACAGGGUCCUUUUUGACAGAACCCUAAAACUAGUUAAAUCUUCAGACAAGCACUGUGAGAUAUCUUCAGGCUAUCAUUAUUUUUCAAUGAGCAGAAAGUCUAGAAGUAAUAACUACAGUGUAUUUCAUGUGUGUGAUUUUUCUGAAUUCCCAUAGUUUACUCAUUCCUACCAUUAAACUCUAGUCAGUUGACAUCCUUGCAACUUCAAGGACUGAUAGUGCUAUAUUUUUUCAAGUCUAAGUUUCAGUUUUGCAAAGACUAUGGCUUUUUCAUGGUGUUUGUAUGUUCAGCUCUUUUAAAAAGGAAUUUUGAAAUCUCCAUCAGUUUGAAGUAAAUGAUGUGUGAGUGUUACAGUAAAAGUGAUCAGGUCUCUUUCUUAAGUCAUAAUGACUAAAGUAUUAGCCAAAUUUUUAAUCUUAUUUCUUAAUUACUUCAUUAAGUGGCUGGAGAUCUAGUUAUCCAAAAAGAUCAUACAUUUUCUACCUAUGAAUUUUGCUGCAUACAGAAAGUGCCCUUUCCUCAGGAAGUUGCUGUGUUUUAUUUCUUCGGAUGGACUCUUAUCUAGAAUACAUAGCAGCUCUGCAAAGAAACAGUUUCUAAAAAUGGGAACUUCUACAUUUAAAAGUCCCCAUUUUUGUGCCAACUAUGAUUAGUGAGGGGGAAAAAUCUUAUUCUACGGAGUAUUAUGGAAGGGUGUAAAGAUUCUUUUGAAAGGUUUAUUCACAUUGUAGAACAACAAAUGACAUUUUUACAGUAUUUUUUUGUAAAGCAAACUAUUUUGUGCCUUGAAUUUGGUAUAUGUGUAUUAGUGAAACAUUGUAAAAGUGAACUUCUACCUCUGUAUCUAAAUGUAUACCAUCCACUUGUAAAUUACUAUAAACUAUUAUGUGAUUGCUUUUUUUUUUUUUUAGAAUGUCUUGUUUAAUAGUGACCAAUGUUUAAGGCUAUUAAAAUAAGCCAACUUUUACUAAUUGGGAAGUUUUAUAAAGGACUGAUUAAAUUUAAAGAAUUAACAUACAUACAACUGACUGUGUGAUUAUUAGUUAUAAGCAGUGUUGUAAGGGAAAUCAUUGUGUUCUUUUCCAUUCCAUAAUCUGCCUUAGUUAAAGAAAAAUGUUUGAAUGGGAUAGUUUUGGGAACAGAUAUUAACAGCCUAGGGUGCCACACACUGAAAUUUCCAGUGUAUCAUCUACCUAGAUUAAAUACUUUAUCAAGGGCUUGUUUAUAUUGAAAAUGAGAAAACAGAAAGAACCCCAUUACCUGUGUAUAGUUUUGCUGCCCCACGGAUCAAAUCUGCUCUGUAUCCACAUGUGGGAAGGGUCCUGGCUCCUGCUAAUGUUCCCAACACUGGUCUUAAGGAAGAGCUUCACUGUAUGUGGAAUUUCUCUUUAUAAUGAUAACCAAACCUUGAGGCCAUUAUAAUCAUUGAGGCACUGGCAGCCUCUUGAUUUUUAAUUAUGGAUUUAAAUAAGUACUUUGAAGUAGUCUCAUAACAAUAUGGGGUGGGACACAUAACUGGCCAGCCCUUCAGAUGUUAUCCAGGUCUGCCUCCCAGCCGGCCUGGAGCACACACAAACCAUCCUAGAGAAAUCUAUUCUCAUUUAAUGACCCAUUUAUCAACCUCAAAACUAAGGAGAUUCUUUACAUCUAAUUUUAUUCUAAUGUGUUGUAAUUUAAACCUAUUUCUAUGUUCGUUUGUUAUUGCCUUUCUAAGGUUAUCCAUCUCCAAGUUCAAUAAACCUAAUUCAUUUAA